UUGAGACAAUUUUGCUGCUUUGAAAGAAUUGUCCUUUUCUUCAGGAAAUGCACAGAACAUAAUUUCUGUCUCUGCCUCCUUUUCCUGUGCCUUUAUAGUUUCCAUGGAAGUCCACUUUUAGAUGCAGGACAGGUCACCCUGCAUGGAGCCCUCUCCACUCACCCCUCACUGGUGUCCUUGGAUUUGGGUGACUGUAUGCUUGGAGAUGAGGCAGUUAGUCUCAUUUGUGGCAUGUUUCCUCCGGAUGGAGCCAAAUCGGGUCUUAAAGAUCUUACACUGAGUGCCAACCCAGCUGUCAGCACACAGGGCUGGGCUCCACUGGCCAUCGCCGUGGCUCAUAGCUCACAGUUACGGGUCCUCAACCUCGACUACAACCUCUUAGGGGGUCACAUCGCUGGGAUGCUGGCUGUCUCUGUCGCAUCCAGUCGAACUCUUGAAGUCCUGGACUUGGAGGGAACAGGCCUCACCAAUCAGUCAGCACAGGUCUUCCUUGAUAUGGUGGAGAACUACCCCACCAGCCUGCGUGUGCUGGUUCUAGCCAAGAACGACAUCAGUCCUGAGCUGCAGCAGCAGAUCUCAGAUCUCCUCUCUGAAGGUGAGGAGGAGGAGGGUAAGGAUGGAGAGGGAUGCGGAUGCUCGGUGCCCCCCAGGGAGAAACCCGCCUGGGUUCCCCACAGCAACUCCUCCAGCUCGCAGAUGGUCCCGAUUACUUCAGGACUGGGUGAGAGCUUUUUGGCAGAGAAACUGGAGCUGUUUUGUGCUUGCACUGGAUAGGAUAAGGAUAACUGCUCAAAUUUACCAGCCAAAUCCUGCCCCCUUCAUGUCAAGUCUCAUUCAAUUGGAUUCAGGCAGUUGUGCAGCGUAAAUACGAUACUCCUACUCGGAACACAUCCAAGCAUUAAAAGUGCUGUGGCGCAGUGAAAAAAGGCAGACAUUACCAUUACAGUCACAUCGCCGUCAUGUUUCAGUGCUUCAGUACUGUUACAGCAGCUCCUGUGCAAAGCUGAUGAUGUUGUUUAUACCAUUUAGAACAACUGUGAUCCACAUUAAAGCCUUCUCAGACCUUUGUGCUUCAUGCAGUUUUAACCUGCUCUUUCUUUUUCACACAGCAGUGUGAUAUGGUUAAAAGCUUGCUGUUUUUAGUGAUUUGUUUUUCUUACGAAAUCACCUUUAGAGU